AUGAGCUUUAAAAACCUAUUCAAUAAAGAAAGUAGUACUUCGGUUGAUGUUGAAUGCGUAUCGGAGCCUGCAGAAUCUAUCUCAACUGAAAAAAUCAAGUUGCAUGGUGAUUUUCAUGAUAGACUUGAUGUGGAAAAGCAUGGAGAAACACAAAGGAGAAUUACUCCUCGUCAUGUGAGUUUGAUGAUUAUUGGUCAGUCAAUUGGAAGUGGUUUGUUUCUUGGUGUUCGAACUCCUUUGAAUACAAGUGGUUCUUUGUCGUUCUUUUUGGCUUUUACAAUUUGGGCUGUCUUUGUUGUUUACCCCUUGAUGCAAGUUGUUGGUGUCAUUUGUUGCUAUUUACCGAUCAAGGGAUCUUUUAUUCACUACAGUGCUAGGUAUGUUGACCCGGCUCUUGGAUUUGCCUCAAGUAUAAUAUAUAUCUACACAUGCAUGAUGUUUGUUUGUCUUGAAGCCACAGCGGUUGCCCAGGUGAUUGGAUUUUGGACAGAUGUUAAUCCGGGCGCUUGGAUUACUAUUUGCAUUGUGAUAUAUCCCCUUAUUGGAAUAUUUGGGUCAAAUAUUUAUGGUGAAGUCGAGUUUUACUCAUCAAUCUUGAAAUUGUUUAUGGUCAUGGGGUUGAUGCUUUUUUCACUUGUAUCCAUGUGUGGUGGGAACCCUCGUCACGACGCAUAUGGUUUUCAACACUGGAAAGAAGGUGGUUUAUUUAGAGAGUAUUUGGUUGAUGGAAGUACUGGUAAAUUUUUGGCCUGGUGGAGUUCGUUGUUGUGGGCGGCAUUUGCUGCUGGCGGUCCUGAUGGCUUAGCAAUGCUUGCAGGUGAAAUAAAACGUCCAAGAACAACCAUGGCCAAUGCAGCAAAGAGAACUUACAUUAGAGUCUACAUCUUUUAUAUUGGAGGUAUGUUUUUCCUUUGUUGUUUGGUUUCUUCAGUCAAUCCAAAACUUGUUGCCCAAUUACUGGAAGGGUCAAACUCUUCAGCAGGCUCGCCUUGGGUGAUUGGAAUUGAAGACGUUGGAGUCAAAGGUUUGGCAUCGGUGAUCAAUGCAGGUAUCAUGAUGUCGGCUUUUUCGUGUGGAAAUGCCUUCUUUUAUUGUUCUGCUAGGUCGAUAUAUAGCGCUGCUUUAGGUGGUUACUUGCCUCGCUUUUUAGCCAAGUGUUUGCCAAAUGGGGCUCCAAUUUAUUGCGUUCUUAUCACGUUCGCUGUGUCCUUGAUUUCAUACUUGAAUGUUAAUGAAAGUGGAGCUGUCGUUUUCAACUGGUUUGUUAAUUUAUGUGCCACCGGGUUGUUGUUGACUUAUACUUGCAUAUGGUGGUCCUAUUUCCAAUUCCGCAAAGCUUGGGAAUUCAAACACAAGCAAAAAAUGAAGCAUCCAGAGUACCCUUACUUUCUAUGUCCGCAAUGGAUGCAUCCAAUCUUUACUUAUUUGGGGUUGGCAUUAACUGUUUUGGUGGUUUUUUUCAAUGGAUUCUGGAUAUUCUUCCCUGGGCAAUUCAAUGUAUCCAACCUAUUCACAAGUUACUUUGCCCCCGUGUUUUUCGUGUGCUUGUUUGUAUUUUGGAAAGUUGUUAAACGCACGCACUUUAGGACUGCAAAAACCGCUGAUAUCACCAGUGGUAAGCAACGCAUUGAUGAUGAAGAGGAGGCUGAAGAGAAGGAGAUUCGUGAACAGGAAUUUGUUUUCUAUCAAAAUGCAAAGUGGUAUCACAAAGCAUGGCAGAAAUUCUACGCAUUUUGGUUUACAUAG